GAUUUCAGUGACUCCCACAGAAGUCAUGCAGGAAAACCAAGAAGAGCAUUUGUUACUUCACAUGAAGAACAAUAGAGAGCAGUCAUUGUGCUCUGUGUCUUUCAGGAGACGAGUUUAACCGGGCACUCUGAAUGAUGUUGUUGAAUAAGGACUCUUAACCUGAGGAUUUACGCUGUUUUCAACUGAGGAUUUCCUUUUCAUCUGACAACAAUGUCCCUCCCAGAGGAAGAUCUUACAUGCCCCAUAUGCUGUGACAUUUUCACAGACCCUGUUUUGCUGGCGUGUAGUCACAGCUUCUGCAGGAGCUGUCUGAAGCGCUGUUGGGACAACGGCUUACGUGAGUGUCCAGUGUGCAGAAAAAGAGCGUCCAAGUCCAGUGCCCCAUCUAAUUUGGCUCUGAAGAAUGUCUGUGAAGCUCUUCUGGAGGUCAGGAGGCAGAGCUCAAUAGUUGUGGAAGACCAGACAAGCUGUAGUCUGCAUGGAGAGAAGCUGAAACUAUUCUGUCUGGUUGACAAACAGCCCAUCUGUGUGGUGUGUCAGUCCUCUAAACUGCACAAAACUCAUGACUGUUCGCCUAUAGAAGAGGCAGCAGUGGACUGCAAGGAUGAACUGUCUCUAUCCCUCAAGAGCUUGCAGGACAAACUCAACAACCUCAAAAGAAUCCACACAACCUCUACCGACAUGUUUAAGUACAUCAAGACUCAGUCGCGUGAAACUCAAAAAAGGAUAAAAAGCCAGUUCGAGCAGCUCCAUCAAGUCCUCCAUGAAGAGGAGUCAGCCAGGAUAGCAGCUGUAAAAAAAGAAGAAGAGGAGAAGAUUGCAGGGAUGAAGGAUAAGAUGAAAGAACUGUCAGCAGAAGUGCUGAACCUCACAGAGAUCAUCUCAAUCAUACAGGACCAGCUGAAGGAAGAGGAAAUGGUCUUGUUGAAGAAUUUCAAAGACACUCAGGAGAGAGAGAAAAGUGUAUCGCUCGGUACAGACAACAUGUCCGGAAUACUGAUUGACGUGACUAAGCAUCUUGGCAACCUCAAAUACACAGUCUGGGAGAAAAUGCUGGACCAAAUAGAUUAUAUCCCAGUGACUUUGGACCCAAACACAGCCCACCCCUGCCUCAUCCUGUCCGACGAACUCACUUCCCUCCACUACUCAAAGCAGGCCAGCUGUUGCCCUGACAACCCAGAGCGCUUCCACAUCAGUGCUGAAGUGGUAGGCAUGGCCGCGCUGGGUUCAGGAAGCCACCACUGGGUCGUGGAAACAGGAAGUAAUCAGGACUGGCUGCUGGGCGUGGCCUCUCUGUCUGUACCAAGGAACACUGAGGUCUCUGCUCGGCCUGAGAACGGCUUCUGGACUUUGUGUUUCCGGGAUGGAGAGUUCAGAGCAAUGACCUCGCCGCCCACCACACUGACAGUUACAAAACCCCCCAAACAAGUCAAAGUGCAGCUGGAUUACAACAAAGGGACAGUAUCUUUUUGUGACCCGGCUGGUGACACACUGAUUUAUGCAUUUACAACAACAUUCACAGAAUCUUUACUUCCAUAUUUUUAUACACAGUGCAGUCACCCACUGAGGAUAAUGCCAGAAAAGGUUCUUAUCACAAUGCUGCGUCAAUAAGUAGAUUAAUGGUUUAUUCAUUAUUGAGAAAGCAGGAUUUUAAUUCUGUUUCAAUGCAAAAGAAGAAAAAAAAGUUAUUGGCAGGCUGUAAUAUUAAGUUUUCCCAUGUAACACAUACAAUGUAUUCUUGAUGCAAGUCAAAAAACAUUUUCACACUGUUUUGUUUUGUUUAUUCUUCCUCUUAAGAGAGUACUCUAACAUUUUUUGUGCACUUCUUCUGAAAGCUAAAUAAGAAGAUUGAUACAGCUAGCAUGUGUGAUGCUACUGCCAGAGUCAAGCUAGCUUAGCCGAUAGUAUGAAGAUAGAGCUAGCUAGCCUGGCAAGAAACUCUUCCUUCUAAGUUCACAUGUUUGUGUUUAAUAUGUGCUCAAACAGAAGUGUAACACCUUCAGAUGGAGCCAGGCUUGUAGUUAGCCCUCAUUUUUUUUGCUUCAAUCUUCAUCUGGCUAUUACAACAAAUGCCAGAGAGCCAUUAAAACAGCACUUAUUUUCUUAUCAUGGGGCAACACUUGAUUGCUGUGCAGGUUGUGAAGCAUAUGGAGGUAACUGAUAAUCUUGACUAAAACCAGAACAAAUAUAUGUCCUAAUCUGACUAAACUGUAAGUGGUUGAUACAUAAUUAACUUUUCAGUAUUAAUUGAGGGCUCUGGCAAUCAGUAUACCUGUUAAACUUCCUAAAAUGUUCUGUUAUGGAAUGCACUUUUAAAAUAAGCUGUAAAGUAAAUAUUAAAAAGUGUAGGUUGCUCAAUAACUGGAUGUUGGUGUACAGCAAAUAGGUUUUUUUAAAAUCCUUUUUGAAUUGCCUUCAUCUUUUAUCUAAAUGAAUGAUACGGCUGUGCAGGUAUCCUUUAAUUCCUUCACAGGUAAUGAGCGUCUUAUUUUCAACUGGGCACGAACAAAAGCACCAUACACUUUAUACACACAAACACACAAAUCAGCAUGUAAAUUUAGCCAGGUAAGGAAAGCAACUAUUCAUUGAUUAGACACAUUCAUUGAUUAGACACAUGGGUACAUAUUAAAGGAGAGAUUAGACUGUACAGUGCAGUUUAUUCAUCUUUUCGUACACAAGAUGGCGCCAAAGUCAUACAAAUAUGAUGGAGGAUUUCAUUACAGUGGGGACUGCUUUGAGCACAUAAACUGUUCAAAUGCUGUUCAAAUAAAUUAAACUUCAAUGCAAACAGUUUAUGAAACAUUAAAUUAGAUGUUGAUUUUGCA